AAAUAGAGCAUUAAAGGACAGCCCACUAAAGAGAGCAAGACAGAAGGCAAGAAGGGAGAACUGGACAUCACUUAUGGCUAAACUACAAAAGACAGUUUUUAUUCUGACAUUCUGAGUUGAGGGCUGGAGAAAUCUGGACUAAAAAAAAAAUCUACUACCUGUUUGAAUUGUAUAGAAUUAGGACAAUCGGCAUCCUUGUAACAGAACUGUAACUGUGCCUUUUUGCCAGCUGAGGAUGGGGGAAACAGAAGACUCUGGGGUGGAGAGACCCAAAUGGGACAACAAGAUUCAGUACCUAUUAACAUGUAUUGGCUUUGCAGUGGGACUUGGAAAUGUGUGGCGUUUCCCCUACCUGUGCCAAAUCUACGGAGGAGGUGCAUUCCUCAUCCCCUACCUGAUAGCUCUGGUGUUUGAGGGCCUCCCCUUACUAUAUCUGGAACUGGCUAUAGGACAGAGGCUCCGUAUGGGCAGCAUCGGCGUCUGGAACUCCAUCUCACCGCUGCUGGGUGGAGUCGGAAUUGCCUCCAUGUUGGUGUCAUUCCUAGUGGGCAUUUUCUACAACACCAUCCUGGCCUGGGUGCUCUGGUACUUCUUUCACUCUUUCCAAAACCCACUGCCAUGGAGCCAGUGUCCACUCAAUAAUAACCACACAGGAUAUAAUGUGGAGUGUGAGAAGAGCACUCCAGUGAAUUACUUCUGGUACCGUGAGACCCUGAACAUCACACCUGACAUCGAGACCAGCGGCUCCCUGCAGUGGUGGUUGGUCAUCUGUCUGGCCAGCGCCUGGUGUGUGGUCUUCAUCUGCUUCAUCAAAGGCAUCGAGUCCAUGGGAAAGGCUGUGUAUGUCACAGCCACAUUCCCUUACCUGGUGCUGACUAUUUUCCUGAUCCGUGGCCUCACUCUGCCUGGAGCUACUGAUGGCCUGUUAUACCUCUUCACUCCUGAUUGGGAGAUACUGAAGAACCCUCAGGUGUGGCUGGACGCUGCCACCCAGAUCUUCUUCUCCCUCUCUGUGGCCUUCGGAGGUCUCAUAGCUUUCUCCAGCUACAAUGAAGAGAGAAACAACUGUGAGAGGGAUGCUGUUCUAGUAGGAGUAAUAAAUAGCGCGACAUCUCUCUACGCCUCGAUUCCUAUCUUCUCCAUCCUGGGAUUUAAGGCCAACAACGCCUUCAACUCCUGUGUAAAGGAAAACAUCUUGGCUAUAACCAACCACUUUGAGCUUGGAGACCAGAACGUAACAGUAGAGAACUAUGAUGACUGGUUUCAGUAUCUAAAUCAUACAUUUCCAGAUAAGGUGACCAGUUUGAACCUGAGGCUAUGUGACCUGCAAACAUUCCUUGACCAGAGUGCAUCUGGUACCGGCCUGGCUUUUAUAGUGUUCACUGAAGCAGUGAAGGAGAUGCCAGCCUCGCAGGUGUGGGCCAUAUUGUUCUUCAUCAUGCUCUUCAGCUUGGGCCUGUCCUCCAUGUUUGGAAACAUUGAGGGAGUCCUCACGCCCAUCAACGACCUCAAACUGGUGCCCAAUUGGAUCCCUAAAGAAGUUGUAACAGCAAUCAUCUGUUUGGUAGCCUUCUUGACGGCUCUCAUCUUCACUCUGGGUUCAGGGAACUACUGGGUGGAGGUCUUUAACGGCUACGUGGGCUCUGUGCCUCUGCUCAUCAUUGCAUUCUUUGAGAUUACUGGAGUCAUUUAUGUCUAUGGCAUGAAUAAUUUCAGUGAAGACAUCUAUUUCAUGAUUGGGUCGAGGCCCAACAUCUUCUGGAAGACGUGCUGGAGGGUGAUCAGCCCUUUAAUGCUCCUGGUGGUGUUGAUUGCAUAUGUGGUCAUCCAGGCACAGACACACCCCACAUAUGCCACAUGGAACCCAGCUUAUGAACUAUUCCCCCAAACUGAAGUGAAGCCCUACCCAGACUGGGUGUUUGUCAUAAUUGUCCUCCUCUGUGUACUACCGGUGAUUUCAAUCCCUCUGGUGGCUCUCUACCAGCUGAUCUGCUGUACAAUCAUGCAACCCUCUGCUCGUACUGACCAAAAUACCUACUGCAAUGAUGCCUUUGAGGAAAUACAGGAACAGGGACAGAGAAAGCAGAGGGCUUAAGAAUUGCUCCAAGAAACAGUGUUACCGUGAUCGUGAACAGAAAAGAACAUCCUGGUGGUUCUCACGGCUACUACUUUACAUAAUAAAACUUUCCUAUUGAUUUUUGAUGAUUUAUCAAGACCCG